ACAUAUCCCCACGCGAUAAGCACGCCUGUGCCAUUUCAUCCAGGUGGAAAUCAGUCACCCUGGCGUUCCGAGCACUCCGCGCAGCUGGCCUCGCAAUAGGCCUGGGAGUCACCGCGCUCGCAGCCUACCAGCAGCACCAGCAAGAGAACGACAGCAGUAACAGCCAGAACAACCGCCGUGGCGGGAGGGGUAAUAUGUCCUCACGAUUCGGUGGCGGGGGCCACCUAGACGCCACGUCUGGGCGCGAGGUGGUCUUCUGCCAUGCCUGCGACCACGAGUGGUACAAGGACGAGCGUGGCGAGUCGCUGACCUGCCCGAGGUGCCACGGGGAGGCGACGGAGAUUGUCGAUCCGCAGAACGAUCCCAGGUCCAUGAACGACGCUCAACCUGGCCAAGACUCAGAUCCCGACGAAGCCGACAUAGACGACUACCAGACUGGAUUCUAUGCCCGGCGCAACGUUUUCCGCGGCCCCGAUCGCUUCCCUCCACCACCUUUCGGUCAACGCCCGCAACGAACGAAUCCUGGCGAUGGUGCGGAUAUCAUCAGGAGCUUUACGGAACUGCUGGGGGAUAUUGGUGGUCCUGGCGGUGGUGGUACUGGUGGUGGUGGGGGAUUUGGACCGCGCCCAGGACAACAAAUUGGUGGACCACGCCGCGUCACUUAUCAGAGAUUCUCGGGGCCAAACUUCACGGGUGGAAUAAGCAGCAUCACCAUUACGGCACCGGGAAGAGGUGGCAACGCACGAGAGCCGGGCUCUUUGGCUGGGGGUGAUGCCGAGUUUCAGCGAGUUUUCGGGGACAUCUUCCGCGGCCCUCCGUUAGACCACGACGGACAUGAUGAAGAGCACAUGAGAGCAAACGCCGGAGGACAGAACCGACCCCUUGAUCUGGCCACCGCCCUGAACCAGCUCUUUGCUAACCUACUCAACCCUCACGGCACCUAUGGCGACGGGGUAUACACUCAGGAAGCCCUCGACCGCAUUAUCACGAACCUCAUGGAGGCGAACCCCCAAUCCAACGCCCCAGCGCCUGCAUCCGCAGAAGCGAUAGAGUCGCUCACGAGAAAGCCGCUCGACGAGGCGACCCUGGGUCCAGAGCACACAGGCGAGUGCACGAUUUGCAUAGAGGACAUGAAGCUCGGGGAUAUGGCGACGUUCCUGCCAUGCAAGCACUGGUUCCACGAGGAGUGUGUCGUUCUGUGGCUCAAGGAGCACGCGACGUGCCCGAUCUGCCGAGCCGCUAUUGACGGUGAGGCUGCUGGCCGGCCGCAACAGCAAGCGACAUCUUCGUCUGCACAAAGUGCCGCCAGUCCUUCGCACACUCAGCACCCACAGCAGCCAUCACAGCCUCAACAGUCAUUCGCGCCCUCGGUGCCGCCGGACUGGACGCGGCCGACGUGGUCGCAGACAACAAGCUUUGGUAACGCCAGCGGUUUUGGCGCCAGUGACAACAUGUACGGCUCCCCAUCCGAGCGUCGUCGGGCUUAUCUGCGAGAACAUGGAUCUGCGCGGUUAGAUGCUCUGAGAGAUGCGGGCCAACGAGACCGCGAGCAGGAGCGAUUGGACCGGCCGUCGGCAUCUAGAGCUGCCAGUGGCAGCAGCAAUAACAAUUAUGGAGAUAAUGGUGACGGCAGUAGUAGCACCGGGGGCGGCGGCGGCGGUCCGCUCAGUUGGCUUCGCGAUCAAUUCCGAGACAGACGGUCUUAAAAAGAGAUAUGCGGGCGAUUCGUUUGGUUUCAAGGUACCUACUUCUUGGUGCUGUCGUGU